CUCUCUCUCUCCCGCUUCUCUCUCUAAUCUCUCUCCUCGCCGUACUCGGCGGAUAAUACCAAUUUCUCCGGCGAGUCGCAAAAACAAUUUUGCUUUUGCGAACAGAAAUAUGUUCUCGUCACUAAAACCACGCAAAAUCCGUAUCUGUUUCCCCCGCAAAUUCUCUUCUUCCUCUUCCAAAUUGACCCCACUUCUCAAUCUCAAAUCCUGCACCGCAUUACUCCAAUCAUACGCCAGAAACCAAGAACUUUCACCGGGAAGAAAGCUCCACUCGUUCAUGAUCGUCACUGGUUAUCUCUCUUCCCCUGUUUCCGCUACCAGCCUCAUCAACAUGUACUCCAAAUGCAACUCCGUCGCCGAUGCUGUAUCCGUUUUCAACUCGUCGACCGAUGUACACAAUGUGUUUGUUUAUAAUUCCAUUAUAGCCGGAUUAACUGCUAAUGACCUGCCGGCUCAAGCUUUCGAGUUUUACUGUAGAAUGCGGUCGUUUGGUGUAGCCCCUGAUAAGUUUACUCUUCCUUGUGUGAUUAAGGCGUGUUCGAAUGUUGCGGAUUUGAAAAGUAUUCAUGGGUUGUUGUUUAAGCUUGAGCUGGGUUUGGAUUUGUUUAUAGGGAGUGCAUUGAUCCAUUCUUACCUAAAAUUUGAGCUGAUGAACGAUGCACUACAAGUGUUUGAGAAAUUGCCUAUAAUAGAUGAUAUUGUUCUUUGGAAUGCUAUGAUUAAUGGUUAUGUCCAAAUUGGAGAUUUUGAUAAGGCGUUGUUGAUCUAUAUAAGGAUGGCUGAAACUGGGCUCGUUCCGAACAGGUUCACUAUUACUGGUGUAUUAUCAGCUUUAGCAUUGGCUGGGGAGCUUUGCAAUGGAAAAUCGGUUCAUGCGUUUACAGUCAAAACAGGAUUUGAAUCAGGGUUAGCGGUUCUUAAUGCACUGAUCGAUAUGUAUGGUAAAUGCAGGCAACUUAGUGAUGCAUCAAUGGUGUUCGAGAAUAUGAUUGAGAAGGACAUGUAUUCAUGGAACUCAAUUAUUAGUGUUCACGAACAAUGUGGGGACCACGACGGGACUUUGAGGCUUUUGAAGCAGAUGUUUAUUUCAGGGUUUCAGCCUGAUAUAGUAACUGUUACUGCCGCACUUCCUGCUUGUUCACAUUUAGCUGCAUUGAUGCACGGUAGAGAAGUCCAUGGCUAUAUGAUCACUAGUGGAUUAGACAAGGUGGGUAAUACUUACACAGUUAACGCAAUUAUGGACAUGUAUGCAAAAUGUGGGAGUAUGAGGGAAGCCCGGUUGGUAUUUGAUAGGAUGAGAAAUAAAGAUGCAGCUUCGUGGAAUAUUAUGGUAAUGGGAUAUGGUCUGCAUGGGCAUGGAAACGAGGCGUUGGAACUUUUUUCUCGUAUGUGCCAGAGUGGAUUGAAGCCUGACGAAAUCUCGUUCGUCGGAGCAUUAGUAGCGUGUAGCCACGCGGGAUUUGUAAUAAAAGGCAAAGAACUUCUAGAAGAAAUGGAACCGAAAUACGGUGUUGCUCCAGCUAUCGAACACUACGCAUGUGUCAUCGACAUGCUUGGCAGAGCAGGGCAGCUCGUGGAAGCCUUUGAGUUGAUAUCGAAUAUGUCGAUCGAGCCUAAUCAAGUUGUGUGGAGGGCGUUUUUGUCUUCUUGUCGAAUUCACGGGAAUGCUGACCUUGCUGAGGUGGCAGCGCGGCGGGUGCUCGAGGUGGGGUCGGAUCAUUGUGGGAAUUAUGUUUUGAUGUCUAAUAUUUACGGAGCUGCUGGGAGAUAUGAAGAGGUGGCUGAGUUGAGACAUACGAUGAGGCAACAAGAUGUGAAGAAAUCGCCUGGUUGCAGCUGGAUUGAACUUAGUGAUGGUAUGCAUGUUUUUCUUAAUGCGGAUCGAGGUCAUCCUGAAGAAAACGGUGUUUAUGAUUGGUUAGAUUCGCUAACCGCUUGCUUGCGUGGGCGUGGGCAUGUCGUAGAUGUAUUAGAGAGCUGUUUCUAGAAAUUGAUGGUCAUUGAUCUUAAGCUUUCACCCUUCUGUGCAAGAAGUUCUUUUUGCUGGUAUGGAGAUGAUGUCACGUGCCUCUCAACAUCAACACUCAUCGCGUAAUAUAAAUAAAGGAUUACAGAUCUGGUGCGUAUUGUCUACUCAUGUAAACUUGGUUGGACAUUGUCUUCUCCAAGAACCCGUUUCUCAUUUUUUUUCUUCUUUUUCUUGUGCCAUAAUUUUUACUGUCAAUAUUUUUGUUUAUAGGGAUUUUGCUGAGUUCUUGAUCAAGAUACUCUUUGUGCCGCUGCCUAGAACAGCUCCAAGAAAUUACCGCGUGUUUUAGCAUGUUGCUGCAUAAAAAAAAAAAAGGUGUUGGGAAUUAACCUUAUCUAAAAUUGUCACGAAAAGUUAUUUCCAUCGAUACAAGGCUCAGAUUUCCUUUGUUUGGGGUGUAGAAUUCCGAUUUUAAUUUAUAUAUUUUGGAUCACCAUGA